CUCCACAACAGACUCAAUUUCAUCAUGGUGUUUCUUCACGGUCCCCUGUUGGACAGAGUAUGCCACAGCCACAAGGAAACAGUUUCCAGCAUACCAUCGGAACACACAUGACAGGAGAACAGUUUAUCAGCCUCUUCCGGGCUGCUGAAGAAGAGGUAAAGAAUGAAGACAUUCCCCCAACGAAUCCCCCUGCAAAUGAUGAGUUUUAGUCUAAGGACCUGCGCAUGGCUCCAAAGAAUUUGAAAGCUGCUAAGACACUAGAAGAACACCAGUUGUUAUCCAAGCUGAGCAAAGUGAAGAGCCUAUGGGAAGGCAACGCUACAGCUGAAUUGCAAAGCAGUUGCUCAGCUCCAAUGCCUGUAAAGGAAUUGAAUCCCAGUGGGCACACUGAAGUUCAAGAAUCAGAUGAUGCGAUUGCUUCCUUCCAAGACACCGAUUUAACAGUAAAAGAGGAAACAUGUACAACUGUUACCGACAAUUUGAUUAGAAAAAAGGAUGAAGGAAUGAUGGUGGAUAAAGUUGAUAGUACAGAAAGUUUUUCUGAAAAGCCCAAUGGAACGGCUUCGUCGACCCAAGGGCACAUUAAAGUGGCUUCCAGAAGGGUGAGCACAGAGGAGCAACAUUUAUCUAACCGGGAGGUUACUUUGAAAGAUAAAUCGGAGGCAAAUGCGACUACAGUAGACAAAGGUGAGCGAAAGAGAGCUGAGGAACAAGAAGAACCCAUUGAAACUUCCGCUACGCAGGCAGAUGCCCCCAGGAAAAAGAACGCUAGGAGUGGCGGUCGUGGAAGAAAGGCUAAGACACAAAGGCAAAACGAAGUUAUUGAGAGUCCUCGAAACAAGCAGGAGAAAACCGGGGAUGGUGGCACAGAAGAAACAAAGAAUACUCAGGUGCAAAAUCAACGUCAGAAGAAUCGCGUCGAUUUCAAAUUUGAUCCUUCAAAGGAUUCUCGUUCGUCUUCACCCAAAAGACCUGGAUCUGAACGCGCCGAAGAAAAACCGAGUGGAUCCUCUAGAGAAGGUCCUUGCCACGGUGCCGAGUCAAUUAAAAAUUCUACUCCCAAAAAGCUUGGAUAUGAACGCUCCAAAGUAAAACCGACUGACUCUUCAAGAGAUUCUUUUGGCCGAGGCCCUGAUUCAAAUCAAAUUUCUUCGCCUAAAAGGCCGAGAUCUGAACGCCCCGAAGAAAAACCGAGUGAAUCUUCUAGGGACCUCCCUCGCCGUGAUGCCGGGUCAAAUAAGAACACUAGGCCUGGAUCUGAACGCUCUGAAGGAAAAUCGAAUAAAUCUUCAAAAGUCGAUUCUAGCCGUGAUACUGAGCCAACUCAACUGGCAACACCCCAAAAGCCUACAUCCGAGCGUUCUGAAGAAAGACCGAGUCAAUCCCCCGGGGACGAUCCUCGCCGGGGUGCCGAGUCCACACUGUCUUCGAAUAAACACAAAGAGUCAUCUUCAAGUAAGAAAGAGCCUGGAAAGAGAGCACCACAGGAGACCAAGAAAGACCCUGAAAAGAGAGCACCACAGGAGACCAAGAAAGACCCUGAAAAGAGAGCACCACAGGAGACCAAGAAAGACCCUGAAAAGAGAGCACUACAGGAAACCAGGAAAGACCCUGAAAAGAGAGCACCACAGGAGACCAAGAAAGACCCUGAAAAGAGAGCACCACAGGAGACCAAGAAAGACCCUGAAAAGAGAGCACCACAGGAGACCAAGAAAGACCCUGAAAAGAGAGCACCACAGGAGACCAAGAAAGACCCUGAAAAGAGAGCACCACAGGAGACCAAGAAAGACCCUGAAAAGAGAGCACCACAGGAGACCAAGAAAGACCCUGAAAAGAGAGCACCACAGGAAACCAAGAAAGACCCUGAAAAGAGAGCACCACAGGAAACCAAGAAAGACCCUGAAAAGAGAGCCUAAUUAUAAUAAUAAUAACAAUAAUAAUAAUAAUAAAUUUUAUUUAUAUAGCGCACAUAUCCUGUGCUCAAGGCGCUUUACAAU